GCUGUCUUCACGAUCGAUUAUUGUUUUGUAAACAACUCUCACAUAUUGUUUUUGUGAUUUUUUUUUUUUUUGUGAAUUUUUUUUUUCUUUUAAUAGUAACUGGACAAAAUGGUACACCUUUAAAAGUCAAUUAGGUGUUUGAAGUGUAUAAGCAAAUAUAUUUUUCUUUUCACGAAACGUAUAUUACGAUUCCUUGGUGUGUGUUUUUUCACUACAGAUUUAAAGAUUGUGAUUUAGCUUUAUUAUAAUUUUCAGCUAUGAACUUAUAUCUUCGGACUACUCUCGACAUUUGGAUUACAAAAAAUCCGAUUAGUGUGACAUGAAAUUGUAGAGUUUUCUUUCUUUUAUUAUUUGGUGUUAAACAGCAAUUUCAAGCAGCAAUUUCACCAAUUUCAGAAACGAAGAUCUCGGGACAAGUAUCGAGUUGUGAUAGCCUCAUUUAGAUCGAACUACAAAUCAGGUGUUGUUGCAAAGAAAGUGAAGAAAAACAACUCUCAUUCGUUCUUGUUUCCUCCUUUUAAAGAAUCGUCGAUGGUGAGCGUUGAAGCUGGGAUCCUGGAGAAAUCUUAUGUGAACAACUUCAACUAGGCUGGAUAGAUCAUUACUUUGGUGAGAAUAAGGAACCGAAACUACUGCCAAGAAUGUUGGAAAUCGAAACUCUGGAAAUCACUAUCAAAGGUAAGGUAGUUGGGGUUAUCUCUCUGGAGCAACUAGGUCCUGUAACUGCUGAGCUAGAGAAGUGGAAAAUGUUAGAGAAGCGUUACCAAGUGAAGGGAAGAUUUAGGGUCAAGGAAUUCUUUAGUUUUGAUCAAGUAGCAUGGAUUGGAACAGAGAGAGUUGGGUAUGAGAAACAAAAGUUGAUGUUGCUGUUUGUUAACCGAAGCUUAGUGAGGCAGAAUUUUUCAAGAUUCGUGAAUUUAUUGGUGGGAUUGAAUCAGAAGUUACUGAUCGCACUUCACGGUCUAGAGAUUAAGGAGUUGUCAUGGUUUAAGGAGCUUAAUGAGAAAGGUUCUCUGCUGGAAAUUGUCAGAUGCAUGGCUUAUGUGGUGGAGUGGCUAUUUGUAGGCCAGAAGAUGCAGACAAGUAAGGACUUCUUUCCAAAUUGUUGUUUUGGUGGAAACCAACCCUCAGUCUCUAAGCUUUUAAGGGAACUGUUUUCUGAGUUUCUGGCAAGUCGAGUAUGGGAGCCUGGGGGGCAAGAUAGAAAGGCUGGGAUCAUUCUUAGAGUUAAGGGUGAAGACCUUGACCAAAGUCCUACAAAAGUAAAGAUGAGGAGUGAGCUAAAAGAUGAUUUUGGAAUUGUUCUUUAUUACUACCUUGAGGACAAGUUGGAGCUAAGGGCUGAAUAUCUGGAAGAAGUUUCAAUGUUGGGAUCAGGGAAGGUUGCUAAAGAGAAUGGCGAUGAGAUUGAAUUUUUUGUGCAAUCCGUGGUGAAACACAAUGAAGUUGUAGCUGGAAGUACUCAAUACAUGCCAACCAAAAGUGAGAAGGAUCAAACCGUGUCUAAGAUGGCAACCUUAACAAAGAAGGUAAGGAUUGCUGAUUUGAUUGGAGUAGUUGAGGUCUGCAUUUCUCUUAAAGCUGCAUUUUCAAGGCUAGUCUGUUUAUUAAAAGACAUGGAGGUUCUUGAGAGACAAGAAGUAGAGACUAGGGAAUUUGCUACCCUAGAUUGGAGACAAUAUAAACUGAUCAAGGAGUUUGAUGUGGUCAUCAUGGACAAGAAAAAGGUUGCAGGUGCAGGAUCGACAAGAGUUAAGACAACUUUUCCAAGCUUUCAUUUCCUUCCACCUUGAGGACAAGGUGGAUCUCAACGGGACGGUAUUGAUAAGUCGCUUAUUCUCUUGUUGGGCCCUUUCUAG